UUCUUUUCUAGUCGUACAACAUCGGGUGCUGUCGAGUCCUGUCGAAUCGCGCACUGAGGGAGGGAGAGAGAGAGAGAGAGAGAGAGAGAGGGAGAGGGAGAGACGUGUGAUUUCCCUUUGUAUUGGAGACUUAAAGCCAGUGAUGACUCCUCCACCGCUGCUGCUGCUGCUGUUUCGCCUUUUAUACACAGCGGAGUCCACAUGCUGUAAAUAGCACAAUAAGCCGGCUACACUUUCCGUUCCUCUUUGGAAGACUCUGCCUAUGUCUCCGAGAAAUAACAUACAAAAGGGGUUUUUUGGACGAACAAAGCCAGUGAUCCAACAGCACUGUGUUCUUAUCUGGAUUUUUUAAACUCCUCAUUCAUCAGUGCCGGCGUUUUUCACUGCUUUGCCUCCUUUUCUCCUUCACACCUCCGGCUUUUGCUUCUUUCCUUCUUCCUACUCCUCCUUCCUUCCUUUCCCCGGCUCCCCUCCGCAAAAAAGCAAAAAAACCCGAGCGACCAUGGCAGCUGUAACGAGCCCGGAGACGAGCCCCCAGCCCCGGGUUUAUUUCCAGACACCGGCAGAGGAGCCGGAGACGCCGGUUCGGAAGCAGGGACGUGUUACCGUUAAAUACGACCGCAAGGAGCUGAGGAAGAGACUGAAUCUGGAGGAGUGGAUUAUCGACCAGCUAACGGACCUGUACGACUGUGAGGAGGAGGCCAUCCCAGAACUAGAGAUAGACGUGGACGAGCUGCUGGACAUGCCCAGUGACGUCGAACGAGCAGCCAGGGUUAAGGACUUACUGGUUGACUGUUUUAAACCCACUGAGGACUUCAUCUCAGAGCUGCUGGACAAGAUUCGAGGGAUGCAGAAGCUCUCCACGCCUCAGAAGAAAUGAUGGCGUCCCUCAGAGUCCCAUCUCUCUCCCCCACAUCCUCCCACCAUCACCUCCGCCCUCACCUCUUGUCUUCCUGCUGCAACUCUCUUUUUUUUAUAACCAUAACCUGAGUUUUCCUACAUUAAAGUUUCCAGUUGCUCGUCAUUCAACCAUCUCUCAAUUUCUUUUCUCCUUCUCCGUUUGUUGCCUGGCUCCAAUCCCUUAAUCAUUUUUUACAUCUCCCCUUCAUCCCCUUUGCACACCCUUUGUCCUGUAAACAGGACUCAUUGUCAGAAGAGAAGAAAAUAAAGAAUUUAUGGUCAGAUGACCACGGCCCGGUCAGCAUUUCUACGUGGGUUCUUAGAAGUGGCUUUGUCUGGGCCACUAGUAACCAUAUGUGCCCUACUUUAUAGCUAUGUAGCCCACAUGUAGAGCCCACAUGGACAUGCUGACGGGAAGCGUUCACUCUCCUUCACCCCUUUGUUUUUUGGCCCGUCUGCUCUCCCUCUACUAAUCCUGCUCUUCCACCCCUGCACCACUCUCCAUCUGUCUGAGGAGGAAGAGGAGGGCAGUCAGGAGGAGAUGAGUCCCAUAAUUACUGGAAGCAGAGAGGCUGAAAGGGAGGAAGAGACGACGCACGAGGACGGCCAAAAAAGAGAGGAUGGUUGAAGCGGCCAAUCACUGCUCUGUGUCUCUAACCCAUCAGAGUUUUCCUUAACUUGUUUGGAAUAGAAACUGACUCUGAACCAGCGGUAAUCAACCAUCGUUUUCCAGCUGUUUCACUUCUACCUUUAGGGGGCGUGGGAGGGAUAUUCACUUGACUUCAGUCUGUGAAUAAAUCAGGCUCACUUUUUCGGGGGGGUCAGGAUGGCAGAUUUUUCACCUUAAUCAAAAGGCAUUUGCUACAGUGGUGCAUUUAAAGACUGUCUUUUUUGAGUAUCUGUUUUAAAAAAAAGCUGCACUAUGUAAUUGUGGGAGGAAAAUAUGAGCCUCUGACCACAAGGAGUAUUGUAUGGUGUAUUUUCAGUACGGCAGAGAGGCAAGUUUGGUCUUUGAAAUGUGGGUGGAACCUAAAGGAAAGUCACUGGUUGGCUCCGGUGGUGGUCGUAUGGUCCCAAACCAAUUUUAGAAUUAUUUUAGAAUAGAAGUAGGGUUUUUUUCGGGUUGGCUGUGCUUGACUUGAAUUCAUAUUCUUGCAAAAGAAAAAAAAAGUUUUCUCUCCUCAAAUACGUAGUGCUGUGCUAAGAGGGGCUUCUUAGAAGCCCCCGCUGUUCAGCCUUUACAUACAAACUGUAUGUUCAAACUGUCUGUGUGUUGAUAAAUGCUACGUGUGUGUGUUGCUACAUAAUGUAUGGCAACAUUCAUCAUAGGAGUGUUUUUUUCCUGGCCUGUAUAUUCUGCUGUUCUGUAUGACGAGUUUGAACUUUAGUAGAGGACUGGUUCCUGUUUUUUUUAAUUAUACACACUGACAGUCCAACAGGGGACCUGCAAACAAAGCUGCCUUGUUUCUUUCCCUUCGUCUUUUUUUUAACUUCUCCCUUUCUCUGUCUUUUCCCACAGUCUUUCUUCUUUUCCCUAAGAAAUCAUAUAGUCCACCUCAUUGUUGUGUGAUUGGCACAGCCUCCUCAGAGCAGUCACAUGUCACAGUGUGUGUACGUGGGAUCUCUGGAAAUGCCUGUCACGUGACUGCAGACACCAAUGAGACGUCUGAUGUGAAGGAUGGAGGCCACUGUUCUGAAUUGGAGGCUGUGUAAAAGUCUUUUUCCACCUCGCUCUCUGUCUUUUACUCUUCGGCACUCACUCUCACACACACGGGGCAUCAGUGGUGCAGAGGAACCACAUUAGAAAACACAGCUGCCUCUGACACAGAUGUGUCAUCCACACACACUCACACUGCAGGGAGGGAAGUGCAAAAAGAAACCAACGCUAAGGAGAGACAGACACAAGAUCCAUGUUUCCAUUCGGUGGCUGCCAAUCAUCUCUGAGAAUAAGCCAUCUGUUCCAGAAUCUGAGCCAAUAAGAUCACAGGCUGAAGUCGGCCAAUGGGUGGAGCAGCAACAUUUGGUGAAACAAAUUGCUGACACCUGCGGUAACGGCAGACUGCCACAUGAAAAAAACAAAAAUCCCAUCGUACACUUUCAGACAGAUUUGUGCAGCUAUUCUUAUUAAUAGAAUUGUUUGACUAUCAUUUAAUUGUUUGAUUCACAACCAUAACAAACCGUUAGUAAUUAUGGACAUGUGUGUAUUACAGAAGUAUAUACAACAGUAUAUAUAUACACACACACACACACGUUGACCUAGUUUCUUGCUGCUCUGUCCUUUCUCUGCCUCUCUUUGUCAUCCCUCUGUCCACCAUCCCUCUGUCCACCAUCCCUCUGUCCACCAUCCCUCUCUUCUCUCCUUACCUUCUCUCUUGAAAAAUCAGAUGUUGCCUUAGUUUUUAUUUAUGUUACACAAACCAAAAAAAGAAAAAAACAGGAGACAUCCUUUUAAAGAGUAACACAAACUGUUAAACCUGUGUGUUACAGAGCAAAAAUGCAGCGUGUGGAGAAUCUCCGAUCUUCUGUUGCUUCUUUAUCCUCUCUAUAGUUUGUUUUUUAAGAAAAUGAGACAAUGUUGUUUUUUGUUCGUUUUCUAGAAGUGGGUGUUUAAUACUUAGGCCUUGAUACAGUGACUUCUGUUUAGAUAAAGCAAUGCUCUCUACAUAGACAUUGAAUACUGCUCUGUUUUUAUUGUGAUCACGACACUUGAUGCCAGGCCUUGGCUUAUCCUGUAGUUGAAGUAAAAAAUCCUUUCAGAUUUAUUCAGGUUCGAUUGAAGCAUUCUGAUUGGUCAAUGAACCACGUAACGUCAAUCUCCUGAUUGUGAAUGGAUUUUCAUUUUUAAAUCCAAGUUUGGAUUACACCUUCUUAGACUGUUAUUGAGAAGUCUGUUUUUUUACUGUCAGGACAAUAAAUUGCAAAAAAAGCAUAUAUAUAUACACACACACACAUAAAGCUGAUUAUCAUUUAGGCUAAGUGCAGUGCUAAACUGUGGGGAUUGAAAGACUAGUGGAGUGUUUUUGGAAACAAUGACUAAAUCAAUCCAACAAGCAAAUGUAGCAAUAUCAACAACAGAUCUUGUUUUUGCCCAAUUUUGUUACACUUUUAUGCAACUUUAAUAAAAACAUGUCAAAUUGA